AUGUCCCUGACGACCUUUGAACAAGCAAAAGAUGUACUGUCGUUUUGCGUGAAAAAUAAGAUUUACUUCUCCUCUUUCAACUGUGAGGUCAAGCCUUCGAGUGCCGGUGGUAUUGGCGUUUUCGCCAAAUCAGAUAUAGAUGCUAAUACAGUUCUACUAAGAGUACCGAAAUCGGCCGUUUUCUCUGCAUCUAACAGCAGCAUCGCAAACCUCUUGGUAGAUGAAGAAAUCGAUGGCGUGUUGGCACUCACUUUGGCUUUUCUUUACGAAAGAGAGGUUUUUGGCCCGAAGAGUAAUUGGUACAGCUACCUUCAAACUAUACAGCUGAACUGGGACCAGGAAUCUUUAUACUUGCCGCCCAGUUUUUGGCCUAGUAAUCGAAAGAGGCUUAUGGAGCAGACGGCUUUGGGAACGCUUUUUCACGGGUUAGACAAUGAGGGAGAGAUUCUGUCCGCUUUUUCAACUGCAGUUGAAGUAUCUCGCAAAUGGCAUGCUGAAGCGCGGCUGUCACCUCCGUCCAUUUUACAAAAUGAUACCUCGGCCAAUUCUCUCCGCUUUGUCGCUACGGUCUUCACGAUCUCCUCGAGGGCUUUCGAAGUAGACGCUUUCCACGAAACGGCAUUGGUCCCUGUUGCAGACCUGUUUAAUCACCACGCCUUGCAUCCAGACGUGAGAUUCGAAAGCACUUAUGAAGUAUGCACAUACUGCGGUGAAUUUGGGGUCUGCGGCCAUGCUGAGUUCGACGAGGAAGAAGCCAACGAUGCAGAAAUUUUCCACGAGGGGGGAAUUGCUCAAUCUAGAAACCUUCAAUGGGUUGCUGCGCCAGAAUUUGUCAAAGAGCUCGAAAAAGAAGCUGCUAAACAGUUAAAAAGCUCCAUAAAGGAAUUGAUUGCGAAGCAAAUUUCGAAAACCAAGCCUGGAAGCGUGUCUCUUAGCGAUUUAGACCCGCAAGAGUGCGUUGAUGUUGUCCUCAUGAGAGGCGUAGAAAAACAUCACGAAAUUUUCAAUUCCUACGGUGACCUUCCGAAUCCGCUGCUGUUGGCUAGGUAUGGCUUUUGCGUCCGCGACAACCCUAACGAUCUCGUGCAUCUGGCGCCUGAGCUCAAGAAGCUGUGCUUUUUGAAGAAGCUCGACCUCAAGCCGUGCUUCCUGUGGUGGAUUCAAGACGGAUUCCUCCUUUUUCAAGAGGCAAGUGGCGAAGUUUCUGAAGCUGAUGGAGGACGUUCAAGCUUCACAGAAUCCAUAGAAUCUGAUUCUGAUGCUGAAAAUGAAAUUGAAACGAACUCAGACCAAUUGUCUGACGAAUGGCAACAAGAGCUCUGCUUGAAUUCGUCUGCAGAUCCAUCAGCGGCGCUCAAGGCAUUUUUAAAUUUACUAGGCAUGAAAUCUGCCCAGAGAGCCAAAUUUUUCGAAGACGUGGAGCGUAACAGCAUUAGCGCCGUAAACAAGUGGCUUAUUUCAAAACCGUUAGGAACGCAGGCCCGUAAGCUUUUGAACGUAGUGGUUAAAAAGAAGAGAAACAGCUACAAUUCUCUACUAAGGUCAUUGCAUGGCAAUUCCAAGAUACUGGUCCUGAGCGAGCUACAUAUCAUUGAAAAACUUUUGACAAACGACGGAAAAUAG